AUGUCGCCCCUGAUGUCAUUGCCUCUCCGUCCAUCUACUCCUACGCAUAAACAUUCAAGCAGUCAUGAUUCGAUUAUUACGUUGUUUGGGCGGGAUAAUGGAGGAGAUAAAGAUGGACAUGCAAGUAAUGGAAAUGGUGUGAUUAUAAAUGGCCCUAGUAAUGUGAGCAAUGGUAGUAUAAGCAAUAGUGUAGCCGGGAAUACAACCACAUCUAAUGCCACCACGACCACUGCUACACCGCAGGCAUCUCUUUCCACACGAACUCAUCCGCCGUGUUCACGCUGCCCACCCGAAGUCUUCCUCACAAUCUUUGAGCUCUUGUGUUCAACCCACCAAAGUUCGCUUUUUUCAUGUAUUCUCGUGAGCCGGGAAUGGAACUUUAUUGCUACGAGUGUUUUAUGGAGUAGUCCACGUUUUUCUCAUAUGCGUGCAUUGGAUAAAUUUAUUGGAACUUUAGAGGCAGGACUUCGGGUUGGAUCCGGAGAGAGGAUAGAAAAUAAGAGUAUUAAGAGGGAUAGAAAAGGGAUAAGUAGUGGAGAAUGUAUAAAAAAAAGCAGUAUUGGUCGUACGCGACGAGAGAGGAAGGAAGUUGGGUUAACGGAGGAGAUGACAAAUCGAGGUAGCAGCCAAAUAGAUGUACCGAAAGUGGAAGGGCAGCUUGAAGAAGCUGAUAAAACGCUACAGGUGGCAAAAGACGAUGAAACAGAUCAGUUAGACAGUAUCACUAAUACCUAUCUUACAAAACUACUGUCCCCCUUUUUGUCUCACAUCAAAACUUUAAACCUUGCCGGCGGUUCUCGAUCUGAUUCUUGCAUGUCGUCUGUAAUUCCAAAUUGUGUUUCUGUACAGCAUUUGUCCCUUGCGUGGAAUACGGGAAUAUCGGAUUCGAGUAUUGAAUUAGUUGCCGAGUAUAUUGGCCCAAAACUGCGAUCGUUGGAUUUGACCAAUUGUGAAAAAGUUAGUGACAGAGCUUUAAUAGCAGUUGCCAAGGGAUGUACUAGGCUAAGAGUAUUAAAAGUGAGUUAUUGUAGGGGUAUUAGCGAAGAAGGUAUUAGCGAAGUAAUGAAGAGAUGCGAAGAGCUGGAGAUAUUGGAUGUGAUUGGCUGUUUAGGAAUUAAUAACGAAUUCGUUAAUACGAUCAGAAACUGGGGCAUAGGAAGAGGGCUUAUGGUUUACACUUUUAGCGGCUCCCGUCGUGGUAACUAA